UUUCGUGUUCGCCCUCAAGUCAAGUCGCACAUAUCCAUUCCAUUCCAUUACCGCGCAAGGUAGCUGUAUCCAUCGUCGUCGCCGUCGCCGGCCCGUAGGUAUCCUCCCCUUCCGUCCAUGGCCGCAACGAGCUACGAAGGGGAUGCCCGGCAUAGGGGCCUCGGCGUGCACGGCGCGUCGCGGAAGAUCGGCAAGUCGUCGUCGCCCUCGCCGUCGCAGCAGCAGAAUCGGAAGCCGGUCAUCAUCUACAUGGUGUCCCCGAAGGUGAUCCACGUCGAGGCCCACGAGUUCAUGUCGCUCGUGCAGCGGCUCACCGGCCCGGAGGGCGCCGGGGACGACGGGCAGGAGAGGGCGUCGACGUCGUCGUCCCCAAGGGGCACGGAGAGAGCCGGCGGGAGGUCCGCGCAGCCGGUGCGCGUCAAGGCGCGCGCCUUGAACCGCCCCGGCCCUGCGGUGUCCGUGUCGGUGACGGCCACGAGGCUGCAGCAGCAGGCCGUGCCGCCGUCGUGGGCGGGGCCAUCGCCGUCGCCCACGACGGGGUUCCUGUUCACCGACCUCAGCCCGCUCCGCGGCGGCGCGCUCAAGGGCGAGGCGCCCAUGAUCUCCCCCUGGAUGCACCAAGUCAGCGACCAUUUCUUGAGCCCCGCCGGCGGGCAGGCGCUCGGCUCGCCGUCUGCCUUCCUCGACAUCUUCGGGCCGAUGUCCUCUCAGAAUCAGUGAUCGGAUCAACCCCUCAACCGGUGGCGGCGACAUAUGGUCAGAAGUCAGAACUCAGAAAUCUUCUAAACUCAAUAUGCAUUAGGGUUUCUGCAUGAACAACUCGCAUGCUCCCCUCACACGAUGAUCAAAUUAGCCCGGUCUCAUCUAGGGUGGUUCUCAAAGCUGUAAAUUAAAUAGUGUAGGUUCUUGCGGUAUUGAUUUUAUGUGCUUGGUGUUAAUCUUGGUUUUGGUUGCAGUUCUUGCUGUACAUUAAUUGUAAUAACAUACUGGUGUGGUGCACCCA